GAGAGAGUGCCUUCCUUGCUCCCUCCUCUCCCCCCAUUGAAGCGAGGGAGCUGCUGCUGCUGCUGCUUGAAGGGCUGCAGAAGACGCGCCGAGGAAGCAAGCAAGCAAGGAAGAAAGAAAGAAAGCGAGCGAGCGAGCAGAGGAGCUUUCCGAGAGAAGAAUGACUCCAGGGUCCUGAAGCAGAGCCGCCUCGCUUCGGGAGAAAGAGAGCAAGAGUGGGACGCCCCGCGAGUGCCUUUCCGUCCCUUCGGACGCUGGAUGCGGCGGCGGGGGAGCCCGGGAGCCCCGCGAAAUGUGGCGAUGGGAGGCCAGGGCUCGGACUCGCCCCCGGACCCAGCCCCGGCCCCCGGACACCCCGCAGACGCGCGAUGAAGCCGCCAGCAGCCCCGACAGAGCCCGGCCCCGCCGGCGCCGACGCCACUGGGUCGCCGCAACCACCGCCGCAGCCGCCCCGGCGCAACAUGGCCUCGGCUCCCAGUAGCGCCUCCGAGCCGGAGAACAGCAGCAGCAGCAGCGGUGGCGGCGGGGCUGGCCCACAGACUGAGCCCGGAGGGAGCAGCACCAGCAGCGGCAGCAGCAGGAGGAGGAGGCAGCGGUGGGGAAGGCGGGCCGGCGGGGAGAGAGCCGCAGCCGCUGUGCUGCCCGACCGGGAGUAUCUGCAGCGGCCGAGCUUCUGCGACGCGGGAUUCGCCCUGGAGCAGAUCGCCAAGGGAAAGGCGACGGGAAGAAAAGCCCCGCUAUGGCUCCGAGCAAAGUUCCAGAGACUGUUGUUUAAACUGGGCUGUUACAUUCAGAAAAACUGCGGGAAAUUUUUGGUGGUGGGCCUCCUGAUCUUUGGGGCUUUCGCGGUGGGAUUAAGAGCAGCCAACCUCGAAACCAAUGUGGAGGAACUCUGGGUAGAAGUUGGUGGACGAGUGAGUCGGGAGUUAAGUUACACGCGCCAGAAGAUUGGAGAAGAGGCCAUGUUUAAUCCCCAACUCAUGAUUCAGACACCACAAGAAGACUUUGCUAAUGUACUAACAACAGAAGCACUCCGACAGCACCUUGAUUCUGCACUUCAGGCCAGCAGGGUACAUGUCUAUAUGUACAACAGACAAUGGAAAUUGGAACACUUAUGUCAUAAAUCAGGAGAACCAAUCACAGAAACCGGCUACAUGGACAAGAUUAUAGAACAUCUUUACCCUUGUUUAAUUAUCACACCUUUGGACUGCUUCUGGGAGGGUGCCAAGUUACAGUCAGGGACUGCAUAUCUACCAGGGAAACCGCAUUUGCAGUGGACCAACUUUGACCCUUUAGAGUUCUUAGAAGAAUUAAAGAAAAUUAAUUCUCAAGUAGAUACCUGGGAGGAAAUGCUAAAUAAGGCAGAAGUUGGUCAUGGGUAUAUGGAUCGACCUUGCCUGAAUCCCGAUGAUCCUGACUGCCCUAUCACGGCCCCAAACAAAAAUUCAACCAAACCUCUUGAUGUGGCCCUUGUUUUAAGUGGUGGAUGCUAUGGGUUGUCCAAAAAAUACAUGCAUUGGCAAGAAGAACUAAUUAUUGGUGGCACAGUUAAAAAUGGUACUGGAAAACUUGUCAGUGCUCAAGCUCUACAAACCAUGUUUCAGUUAAUGACUCCGAAGCAAAUGUACGAACACUUCAAGGGCUAUGACUAUGUUUCACACAUCAACUGGAAUGAGGACAAAGCUGCUGCAAUUCUGGAAGCCUGGCAAAGGAUGUAUGUUCAGGUUGUCCAUCAAAGUGUUGCACAAAACUCUACUCAGAAGGUGCUUUCCUUUACUACAACAACUCUAGAGGACAUCCUAAAAUCAUUUUCUGAUGUCAGCGUUAUCAGGGUCGCCAGUGGCUAUCUUCUCAUGCUUGCUUAUGCCUGUUUAACCAUGCUGCGAUGGGACUGUGCUAAGUCUCAGGGUGCCGUGGGUCUGGCCGGAGUCUUGUUGGUUGCACUGUCAGUAGCUGCAGGAUUGGGGCUGUGCUCAUUGAUUGGGAUUUCCUUUAAUGCUGCAACAACUCAGGUUUUACCCUUUCUUGCUCUAGGAGUUGGUGUGGAUGAUGUCUUUCUUUUGGCACAUGCCUUUAGUGAAACUGGUCAAAACAAGAGAAUUCCAUUUGAGGAUAGAACAGGGGAAUGUUUGAAACGCACUGGGGCAAGCGUGGCUCUUACAUCCAUCAGUAAUGUCACCGCAUUCUUCAUGGCUGCCUUGAUUCCUAUUCCUGCUCUGCGGGCAUUUUCCCUCCAAGCUGCUGUAGUUGUGGUUUUCAACUUUGCCAUGGUUCUAUUAAUUUUUCCUGCUAUUUUGAGCAUGGAUUUGUAUCGCCGUGAAGACCGAAGAUUGGAUAUAUUCUGCUGUUUUACAAGCCCUUGUGUCAGCAGAGUAAUUCAGAUUGAACCGCAAGCCUAUGCAGAAGCUGGUGACAACACACGCUACAGCCCUCCACCUCCGUACAGCAGCCACAGUUUUGCACAUGAAACCCAAAUCACAAUGCAGUCCACAGUCCAGUUGCGCACUGAAUAUGACCCUCACACCCAGGUGUAUUAUACCACAGCGGAACCUCGUUCAGAAAUAUCGGUGCAACCCGUCACAGUGACCCAAGAUAACCUCAGCUGCCAAAGCCCAGAAAGCACAAGUUCAACUCGGGAUCUCCUUUCACAGUUCUCAGAAUCUACACUACAUUGCCUUGAGCCACCUUGUACUAAAUGGACACUCUCCUCCUUUGCUGAAAAACAGUAUGCGCCAUUCUUGUUGAAGCCAAAAGCAAAGAUCGUGGUCAUUUUUCUUUUUCUUGCCUUACUUGGCCUCAGCCUAUAUGGAACCACCCGUGUAAGAGAUGGACUGGAUCUUACAGACAUUGUGCCACGGGAAACACGGGAAUACGAUUUCAUUGCAGCCCAAUUCAAGUAUUUCUCAUUCUACCACAUGUACAUCGUGACACAAAAAGCAGAUUAUCCCAACAUCCAGCACUUGCUUUAUGAACUUCACAAAAGUUUCAGCAGUGUUACAUACGUUUUGUUGGAAGACAACAAGCAGCUUCCAAAAAUGUGGUUGCACUACUUUAGAGACUGGCUGCAAGGACUUCAGGAGGCUUUUGACAAUGACUGGAAAUCUGGGAAGAUAACACUCAGCAGUUACAAAAAUGGAUCUGAAGAUGCUGUUCUGGCUUAUAAACUCCUGGUUCAAACAAUGUCAGGCAUCCGAGAGAAACCCAUUAAUAUUAGCCAGCUGGCUAAGCAGCGCCUGGUGGAUGCAAAUGGAAUCAUUAACCCAAAGGCUUUCUACAUCUACCUGACUGCCUGGGUUAGCAACGAUCCCGUGGCUUACGCUGCCUCUCAAGCCAACAUCCGUCCCCACCGUCCAGAGUGGGUCCAUGACAAAGCCGACUAUAUGCCAGUAACCAUCCCAGAGGCAGAGCCUAUUGAAUAUGCUCAGUUUCCUUUCUACCUCAACGGACUGCGUGAUACUUCUGACUUUGUGGAAGCUAUUGAGAAAGUGAGAGCAAUAUGCAACAACUACACCAGCCUUGGAGUUCCCAGUUACCCAAAUGGAUAUCCAUUCCUCUUUUGGGAACAAUACAUUGGCCUUCGUCAUUGGCUUCUCUUAUCCAUUAGCGUGGUCCUGGCCUGCACGUUUCUGGUGUGUGCCCUCUUCCUUCUGAACCCCUGGACAGCUGGGAUCAUUGUUGUGGUGCUGGCUCUGAUGACAGUGGAACUGUUUGGCAUGAUGGGUCUUAUUGGAAUAAAGCUGAGUGCUGUGCCUGUUGUCAUCUUGAUUGCUUCUGUUGGAAUUGGAGUGGAGUUUACUGUUCAUAUUGCCUUGGCAUUUCUGACUGCAAUGGGAGACAAGAAUCACAGGGCUGUCCUUGCUUUAGAGCACAUGUUUGCACCUGUGUUGGAUGGAGCUGUGUCUACACUGCUUGGUGUCUUAAUGCUUGCAGGAUCUGAGUUUGACUUUAUUGUCAGAUAUUUCUUUGCUGUUUUGGCCAUUUUAACCAUCUUGGGUGCUUUGAACGGACUGGUGCUACUUCCCAUUCUACUUUCCCUGUUUGGACCAUAUCCUGAGGUUUCUCCAGUCAAUGGAAGGAGUACAUUGCCAACUCCUACUUUUGAGCCACCUCCAAGCACUGUGAGGUUUGCCAUACCACCAACUCAUAUGCAAAAUGGGUCAGAUUCAUCUGAUUCUGAGUACAGUUCUCAGACCACAGUAUCAGGAAUCAGCGAAGAGCUUCAUCAGUAUGAGGCCACGCAAAGAACGGGUGCUCCAGUCCGUCAAGUAAUUGUUGAAGCAACUGAAAAUCCAGUAUUUGCCAGAUCUUCAGUGAUCCAGCCAGAGAAGCGGUAUCAUCAGACAAAUCCAGGAUUGCAGAUCAGCCAAGAGCCUGGAUCACAACAAACGUGGCAUCAAAACAAGAAACCCAAAAGAGAACCAAGGGAAGGACUCCGGCCGCCCCCUUAUCGGCCACGCAGGGAUGCCUUUGAAGCUUCUACUGAAGGGCGUUCCUGCCCUAGUAAUAGGGACUGCUGUGGCCAGAGGACUCGUUCGCAGAAUAUCAGGAACCCAGCCUUUACUGCCGCUGGGGCUACAGUGCCACCAUGUUGCCAGCCUAUCACUACUGUGACUGCCUCGGCUUCAGUUACUGUGGCUGUACAUCCUGCUGCGCACAGCCACAGUACGCGUGGAGGAGGUUUUCCAUCCUAUGAGGGAUACCAUGAAACCGAUCACGGACAGUUUGAGGACCCUCAUGUGCCUUUUAAUGUCCGGUGUGAGAGGAGGAACUCUAAAGUAGAAGUAAUAGAACUGCAAGAUGUUGAAUGUGAAGAAAGGACUCGUGGCAACAAUGCAGAUUAAGGGAAAUAACUGAAGCAAAGAAGAGGCCAAAGAUGGGAAACCUCCUCUUUCCAGAACUGCUUGAAGAGAAACUGCUUGAAGUUAUGGAAAGGACAAUGCUGCAUCAGGACAACAGUUCCCCAUUACUGUAACCUAUUGUAUUAUUUUGUGAGAUAAUUCUAUAAAUAUUUAAAAGAUGUACACAUGUGUAAUAUACCAGAGGAACCAUGUAAUGUAGUAUAAUCUGGAGUUGUUUUAACUCCUUUUUAACAGAGUGGGGACUAUUGUUUGUGCUCUGUACUUAUUGUACAUUGAUUUCUGUGCCACAAGUAAGCUUAAUCCUAGUCGUAAAUUUCAGCAUAUGUUGCGCUGCUUAAAUAUUGUAUAAUUUACAUGUAUAAUUCUAUGCAAAUAUUGCUAAUGUAUUAGGAUUUUGUUUGUAAAGGGGUGUGUGCGCGCGCGUGUGUGUGUGGUAUGUAUGUAAAGUAUUUUAAUUUUUUUCAUAUCACAACCCUGUGGUAGUAUGAAAUGUUUCUUUUAAUUUUCAAACACGCUAUGCGUGAUAAUAAUUUUUUUCUCUUUCUGAUUUGUUUUUUAAUGAGCAUUCAUGAAGAGGAGUGUGCUAACCUUGGUGAAUGAAGCAGGUGUGGCUGUGUGUGGAUUUGGGAGAAAGGGUGCUGUGUGAGCUUGUUACUCUAAUGACUUUGUGGAGCAUGGGAUAUGGUGAACUUUCAACAUAUGCUCCACUGGAAUGAAUACCAUCUAUCUAAGUAGUCACUCAUGUGCCACUCCAGUGUACAAUCAGUGGCUCACGUGAAACAAGAUUGCGCCUCUUGCUUCUUGGUCUUCACAGUCCACCAAGAUUGACUCUGCCUAUAGCCUUGUACCCUCCAAUUUUUGCUUUUACCAUAAUUGAAAACAGCAAGACUUCCAUGCAGGGUCGCAGGAGACCUUAGAGCAGUGAUUCUCAACCUGUGUGUCCCAGGUGUUUUGGCCUACAACUCCCAGAAAUCCCAGCCAUUUACCAGCCGUUAGGAUUUCUAGGAGUUGAAGGUCAAAACAUCAGGGGACCCACAGGUUGGGAACCACUGUCUUAUAGAGAACCAGUGGAAGUGUUUUAGGGGUUUAACAGGUGCUACUUACAGCCUCAUCCCAGGCUCCUGAUUGGCUUAUUCUCAUAAUAGGAGCAUUGAAGUUACUUCAAGGGAGACUUCUGAAAUGUGCUUCCUAUCGAAGACUCAGAGGUCUUCUCUAUACACUUCAGCUGUAAUGUGAGGGUUUCUACAGAGGGGGGAAGGGGGGAUUAAAUGUUUUUGCUGUGGGUUUUAAAAGUCAUUUCUUGUGCAUGUGCAGCCCGUCAGGAACUGCCACAAAAACAACAGUGCCUUUAUGCUAGUCCCACUGGUUCUACUGAGUCUUUGGCAGACAUUCCCAGGUGUAUUUGCUUGUGAACUCUGUUUAUCAAUAUGCUGACCAUUUAGUUCCAAACACCUGAUCCACAAAGUGAGUGGUGGCCCUAGGAGUGGAAAUGACCACACUGACAUUCUUUUCCUGAUAAAAGGAUUCUCUGUCAGUGGGCUCAUCAGAUAUCAUGGCUAGAACAGGAGGGAGGGUCUGUUCAGUUUUGGUGACUAUCAGGGUCAGAUGGUCAUGCUUCAAGGGCCCAUAUUGGGUUGGCCUUAGGUGACGAUGUCAACAAUUAGUUCUUCCAAUUCAGAGAUUAUUUGAAUUGAGUGAUGCCUUUCCCAGGGUCAGUCUUUGCCCAUAGAUUAUUCAGUCCCAUUAGAUGCCUGUCACUGUAACAUGUGAAUCAGUAUACCCCUUUCUGUCCCUCAGCUUGAAAAUUCUUUGAUGUGUUGUUUACAUCUGUCUAAAAUUUACAUUUGAAAGAGGUGUGUCAUUGUUUUAGUGGUACAUAAGCUACUGUUGAGUAGAGCAACAAAGUUCAAGCUACUGGUCCAGUUUCCUAUGUAACAUAAACACUUUUUGUGGCAUAAUAGAACUUGGAAACUUACUUUUUGAAAGAAUCAUCAACAUUACGUUUGCAUUUUUUUAAACAAGUAGCUGUGGUGUUGCUUGUUACAGGUCUUGAAAGGCACUCAAGAUAUUACUUUUUGUGUUACCUCCCUAUUGAUGUAUGUUACCUUUUUAGUUACUUUGGUGGGCAUACAGUCCACCUAAAACAAUAAUAUUAAUGUUUGGGGAGGAAAUCCCCUUACAGUGUGCCUAGAAGCUAUCCUCUCCACAAGCGAGGCAAGUAACAUUACUGAGUGUUACAUUGCUUUCAAAAGGACUAUUGUUAUGCCCUCAAUUACCCCAAAAUAACACAUUAUAGAAAGCAAUAUUUUGACAUGUUACAUCCACUUUGUUGCUCAAAGAAUUCCAAUCUCCAAUACAAUUAAGCCAAUGCCAUGUGAGAUUGUUUUUUUUAAAACUACAUACAGUAAUUUUAGAGUAAAACUAUGUUAUACCAAUUGCAGGCUACCUUUCACUGUAACAUGGGUCAUUCAUUACCCAUAUGGUGGUGGUUAGCCAUUGAUAUUUCUUGGGUUGUUUCUCAUUUAUAAUAAUUAUAAUAAUAAUCAGGAAAAGGAAAAAGUCAGAAGAGCUUUCAUGGUGAAUAGAUGCUUCACCUUAGUCUCCCAUGUCUUUGUGUGUGUGAAAGAGGGGGAUUUUCCCCCCGUUUGUGGGGUGCUGUCCCUGGGUGUCUAGCAUAGUCCAUUUUCUCUUUUUGUCACAUUGGCAAAAGGAGAUCUCCGUAGCUGGCUGGUUUUCUUGUUUUUUAAUGUUAAUUGUUGUUGAUAUUUAUAUUUUUGUAUCAUAAGAAUGUUUUCUUACAGUAUUUGUCAUGCCAGUUUAUAACAAACACAAUGCAGGGAUUUUAUUUCUAUUGGAAACACUAUUACAGCUAUGUUUUUACUUUUAAUGGGAUUUUUAUUUGUAUAGAAUGCUUACUAAUGUUAAAUAGGAAGAGAUUAUAUAACAUUUACAUUAAGGACUCAUUUUGUAGCUUUUUAUAGCAAGGAGUUAAAAGGAAAAAAUAUUCAGACUGGGUCUCACUGUCUGCCUGCUUUUAGCAGGAGAAUGGGGUUGUGUUUCAGUUCAAAGAUAAAAGUAUGCCAUAUAAUUUAUUUAUAUGAAAAUUUAUUUUUGUAGUGUACAUAGUAGUCCUCAAUUCUUUUGACAGAAUUAUAUUUUUAAAGAGUUUAUAUGUAAUGAUGAUACCAUUAUGUUUUGGAACAUUGCUGAGACAUAAAUACAAUGCACACUUUUCCUGAUAAGUCCCAUUUGCAAACAAAGAAAAGGUUAACAGUGUUAAAGAGAGUGGGGAUGUUUUCUGUCAUUCUGAACUGUUUUAGGUUUACCAUUUUUUUAAUCUAGUGUGGUUCUCAAUUUUAAAUCAUAAGUGGAAAUUUGUACAAACUCUCUAAACAUUAAUGUUCAAACACUGAUAGAAAUUCUAACAUGAAUAAAAAAUAUUAUAACUUA